AAGGAACAAAUAAAAACGACAUGUCGUCCUUCACAAGACAAAAGGCGAGCUCUCCAGCCGAAAUCCAAUACGCUCGACGCUCCGCGGCUCUAGCUUCAGCGAGACAGAGAAGAUCUACGGCGGCGACGAUGAGGCCGACGGCGAUGGAGUUCUUCAGCGACAUGGACGACCAGGGCUCCACCAUGGCCAUGGACGUCGACGACAUCGACGCCCUCGAGAUCUUCGGCGGCGAUGGUGUCAUCGGAGAGAACAAGCUCGCCGACCUCGACUUCUUCAACUCCUUCCCCGACGACUUCGACGAGUCCGACAUGAUCAACUAGGAGGCCUCGCCACCAUGUAAUGCUCUGAUUUUCAAUUUGAUCCGAUUCUAGGGUUUCCGGCUGUGAUUUGGGAAUUAGGGUUUUAUGCGGUUUUGAUAUGGUGGAUGAUUUGUGUUGGACAAGUGGUUAUAUAUAUAACUUAAGUAUGGAUUUUUAGCUAUUGUGGUUUGAUUGUGCAAAUUUUAAUUUAUGGUUGGUUGGAGGUC